AUGUCGUGCCCAAUUGACGAGAACGUUCUCAACCAGCUAAAAGGGGAACAGUCGGAACUCCUGGACAAAAUCGACGAACUACGCACCAUAGGUGUUGGAGGCCUCGUGGAACUCCCCCAGAUUGUUGUCUGUGGAAAUCAAUCCAGCGGCAAAAGCUCCGCUCUAGAAGCUAUCUCAAGAGUGCGAUUUCCUGCUAAAAGCAGCAUUUGUACUCGGUUUGCGACCGAGAUUGUUCUGCGUCGGAACCCCUUCAACAGAGUCAAAGUAUCUAUUGAACCGGGAAAAUCUAGAAAGGACAUCACGGAACGGGAGAAACUUUGCGCUUUUACUUUAGAGUCUUUUUCCUCUGGCGAGGACCUUCCCUCUCUGAUCGAGUCCGCAAAAGAGUGCAUGGGACUGUCUAACACCGACAGCCUUGCCUCCAAUUCCGGCUUUAAGCUGACUCUCGUUGAUCUUCCCGGCCUGUACUACUCCACAAGCAGUGAUCAAGGCGAGCCAGGAAUGAGAAUCGUGCAGAGUCUUACCGAGAGCUAUAUGAAAAGCUCUCGCACUAUCAUCCUGGCUGUGAUUAGCGCACGGAACGAUUACCAUAUCCAAAAAGUGGUGAAUAUGGCGCAAGAGUUCGAUCCUAAGUAUGAGAGAGUGUUGGGUAUUGUGACUCAGCCCGAUGUUCCUGAUGCUGGCUCAGACGACGAGGAUUACUAUCUGCAACUCAUUCAUAAUGAGAAAGUCCAGUUACAGCUUGGUUGGCAUGUGUUACGCAAUCGCUCUUUUGAGACGAUGAACAUUUCCGACGAUGCGCGUGAUGUUCAAGAGAAGGAGUUCUUCAACAAAGGGCGAUGGGCUUCGCUUCCUCGCGACCAGGUGGGGAUCGAAAAUCUGAGACAUCGUCUGAGCACUAUUCUGCUUUCUCAUAUCCGUCGAAAUCUUCCGGAUCUUAUUGGUGACAUACAAGACAAGAUUCUACGCAAUGAGCAAGCACUCGCAAAAAUGGGCACAUUCCGGACGAGCGUCCAGGAGCAGCGGCGAUUCCUUGUUGACAUCAGCAGCAAGUUUGCGCGUAUCACGAAUCAGGCAUUGAAUGGAUCGUAUGUCGAUGACUUCUUUGGUGGUUACAAGAAUUAUACUGCAAACACAGAGGAAUUCCCUUUCCGUCGACUGAGAGCAAUCGUUCGCGAGCUUAACGAAUGCUUUGCCCACGCUAUGAGCAUUCGUGGAAAUCGUCGGAUGAUCCAAUCAUCCUCAACACCUGCACUUAAUAUCCCAGAAGAGAUAUGUCAGCCGUAUAUGGAUGGCUGGACUCCGCAGUACAUCACGCGGGAGUCGCUGAAAGGGGAAAUUAAGGAGCAAGCGCGCGAAAGUCGAGGGAUUGAGUUACCCGGAACCCCGAACCAACUCUUGGUUGGCAGCCUAUUCCGCGACCAGUGUGAGCCUUGGAAAGGGAUCGCAGAAGCUCAUCUCUUGAGCGUGUGGAGCUCAGUGGAGUACUUCAUCCAGAUUGUGCUUAAGUAUCUCAUAGACGAUCACACUCGCGGUUCCCUUAUGCGGCACUUGAUUUCCCCAAAGCUCGAGAAAAUGAAGGAGAAACUGAUGGCAAAGCUUGAGGAACUAGUUUCCUACUACAACCAUGGUCAUCCACUUCCUGUGGGAGACUCUUAUCUUUCGAAAAUGCAAGAGUCUAGACAAAAGCGUCAGCUCGCUGCAUUGGCCCAAAUUAUCGGCUUGGAAAAUGAUGCUGUGAGUAGCUUGAACUUAGAUCAGGCAGCCAACAAAGUAGUUUCUUCCAGCGACGAAUUCGGUGCAGAGGAGAUUAUUGAUCAGAUGCAAGCGUAUUAUGAUACAACGAUCAUAACCUUCGUCCAAAAUGUUGCCAUUCUUGCAAUUGAGAAUUGCUUCCUCACUCCAUUAGAAGAUGUAUUUUCUAGUCAAACUGUUGUGGACAUGGAUGAUCAACAACUCCAGAAAGUAGCGGCUGAGCCGUCCGUGACGCAAAAUGAGAGAACACGACUGAACGAGGAACUCGAGAAGCUACGACUUGGCAGAGAGACACUUGAUGCCUAUAAGCCGGAUGAAAUCUCUCUACCGAAUUCCCCUAUUUUGGGUAAAUUUUUCCAAAGACGGAAUGAGUUUAUGGAGUGA